UUUCGGGCUUUUACAUACUAGAUAAACUUGAAUUUAGAGAACUGCCAAAUACACAUUCAAGAUGGCGCUUUUACUAAGGAAUCUCUGCAGGAAAGGACUGCUAGGACACAACAGAAUGGUGAUAACAAAAUGUGUGCAGCCAUCAUCAUCACAAGCUUAUGAUGAAAUGAAAGAAUUCUGGCAAAAAAACAAAAAGCUCAACAGACCUAUGUCUCCUCACUUAUCAAUCUACAGUCCACAGCUGACCUCCAUGCUGUCAUUGGGUCACAGAGCCACUGGUAUCGCUAUGGCUGUUGCAAUCCCAGUGGUAGCUACUGGCUUGAUGUUCGCCCCUGGAGAUUUCACCACCUACCUUCACUCUGUACACCUGGGUGCUGGGAGUGUGAUAGCUUGUAAAUACGUCGUGGCUUUCCCCUUUACCUACCAUUACAUCAACGGCAUUCGGCAUCUGGCCUGGGAUUGGGCUAAAGGCUUCAGUUUAAAAGACACGUACAACAGUGGUUACUUUGUGCUGGCUCUCUCCGUCAUUGUCACAGCUUGUCUUGUACACCUGGUGUGAUAUCCAGUUAAUCUUUACAGACACGAGGAAACAUCAGAAUGUGCCAUCACCAUACCACAGACCUCUGAUGGAGUGCUGGACAGACAGACUUUCCAUGAUUAUCUCCCUUGUUUUCUGAAGGGAUGUAGCUAUGUAUAAAAAGCAUUUCUUGAUUCUACAAACAGGGAUGUUUUGCAUUCUCUUUUGAAAAGUGAAAAAAUGCAAAAAUUAAAAAGAUGAAAAUAAUAAGAAAAUAAAUUUGCUUCGAAGGAUGGGUAAAUCAGGAAAUAUAAUAUGAUAGAUUUAAAUGUUCCAGGCAUAUUGAUAUUGAAGACAAAAGUCAAGGUCCUGCAAGUCAGUGUAUGAUUACUUCUGUGCUGCUUGAUUUUGCUUGCUCUGUCCGGUCAGAUAUAAUACCUGGAUUGGUCAGAAUAUAUUUAACAUAAGUUUGUCCUUUGUUGAUUUUGUAUUUAAUUGAUAUUUAUGUCACAUGAGAAGUAGAAACCAGGUACAGAUGCUAUGUCUAAAAUGUUAUUUCAAGGCUGCUUCUUUUGAAUCAUUAAAUAAAACAUAAAAACAAG